UUUAGUUAUAUUCACUUUAUGCAUUUUUGACUUUGUAAAAUGAAAAGCUGCAAAAUGGUACAUUUGCUGCCCAGUGAAAGAUUUUUCUAUCGACAAACUAGAAAUCAAAAUUGUUAGUUGUGUUGGUAGUCGCACUGAAACUUGCAUUCACCUGUUCAGUUUUGAAAUCGUAUUUAUUUAUUUAUUUAUUUAUUUGGACGUUAUCAGAUAAAUCUUGUAUUUAUUUUUUUUAAACUGCUUGAACACUUGUUCAUCUUCUUUAUGAUAACUAAAUAAUACUGGAAGCUAAUAAGUCUCCAUGCUUCAGGAAAUGUCUCUUUUUUCAUCUUUAUUAACAUAAGAUUUCACAUAUCUCAAAUUGUAUUUUAAUAUAUAUAUAUAUUUGCCGUUGUAGGACAGUGUGGUGCAGAUCUGAAAGGUCUAAAGUAUUGUACCUUUAGUCCAGAUGACACCUGUCAAAGAAUAGUGUGGUACAGAUGCAAAAACAAGCAAUGAAAUCUACCCCACUUUUAAAAUUUUCCCCACUCAAAUAUAGUUUCCACAGAUCAGAGAUCAGAGACUGUGUAUUAAAGAUUGUUUACCCUUUACCACACUCUAAUUCAGAUUUGACCAGUCUAAGUUUGUGCACUGUGGCCUGAUCUGAUAUGGUCUUGAUGCGAUAAAAGCAAAACAUUUUUCAUAAAAAAGAAAAAUGACUUUAUAGGUUUGGAAAUGUUUUUAUUUUUGACAGCAUUAACUGAAAUGUCUGACUUGGUUUUUCCAUCAUUCCAUGGUUUUCCUCAACUUUUCCUGUAACUGAUGAUUGGAAAAUCUGAAUCCAAAGCACAGUCAUACUGAAAUGACUUCUCAGAGCCUCUCAGGCUUCUGAUUUCCUGUGUUUCCAUUGCAGGUUUUUCAGACUGAGACAAAUGAAAUGGCAGAAAGCGAUAACAAGUGGGCCAGCCGAAGCCGAUCUCCACCUGCUCCCUGCUCUCCCCUGUCAUCCCGCCGCUGCAGCUCUGUCCAAACGUGGCUUCCGGUUGAAUCUCCUCCCUGCAGCGAUGGUCAAACUGAGCAGGAGGAGGGCUCUGGGGAGUGUCUCACCGGGACGCAGGCCGGCGGACGUCGGUCGUCUCGCUUCUAUGAGGAACUCUUCUGUACCAGCCAAACUUCCAUCCCUCUGGCUGGUGCCCUCAUGACCUCCUCCAGACCACAAAGUGAUGUAGUGAAACAAGGUUACCUGGGGAAGCUGGAGCGGAGCCACAGAAGAUACUUUGUCCUGAGAGCUGGAAGCCACACCGGACCGAGUCGACUGGAGUGGUACAAGAGCCAGCAGAAGUUCACGGCAGUGGAGAAGGCUGUCGGUAAAGCUGUGCUCUUUGAGUCAAGCAAGCAAGGGGUGAUUUACCUGCGGUGCUGUCUGGGUGUUAGCCGGAUUGGCAGUUCCAGGAAAGGACACACAGUGGCGCUGUAUGCCAAGGACCAGACCAUGGUGCUGGUGAUGGAGGACGAGCAGGAACAAGAAAGCUGGUAUGUUGCCAUGAAGAAACUGAUGGAGGAAGAGCAGAGGGAAGAAGGGCUUGAUGAAGAGGAUGAUGGGUAUUGCACUCUGCCUCCUGCAGCUUUCUUCAAAGAGGUUUGGCCGGUCACAGUGAAGCCCAGAGGCCUCGGCAGUUCCAAGUCGCUCACAGGGGAGAGCCGGCUCUGCCUCACAGCAGCUUCUCUCAUCUUGGUGAGAGUUAGUGCAGGCAGUGAUUUGCCAUCAGUCACAAUACCUUUGUUGAGCGUUCGGCGCUUUGGUCACUGGGAUGGAUUGUUCUUCUUGGAGCUGGGCAGGUCGGCACCAAAUGGUCCUGGAGAGAUCUGGAUGGAGGCUAGAGACGAAGGAGACCUAGCACUGGCCCAGCACAUUCACGAGGCGGUUCGAGAGGCCAUAGGGAGGCUACGAGCUCUUCCAGACUUUACCCGGUCACCGACCUCCAGUCACUGUCAGCCUCAAACCCUUCUGGCCUCAAAACGCUGCAGACCCAAAUACAGAGACAAGCCACAGAGCAUGAGACCACCUUGCCCCCUGGUGCUGCUCCCCAGAAACCCUGAUAUCCAGACGAGCCCCUCACAGUCUCACUCGAGGCCCUGCAUCACAGACGAUCCAAAGCUUGAAUCUUACCUGAGCUUCACCUCCCAUCUGAGUCCUUUCAGAGCCCAGCAGAGCUGCAAGUCUGAAACUGGUAGCUACGUGGAAAUGAGGAUGGACCAGCACAGUGUAGCAGCUUUUGGGAUGCAGCAGUGGGAGCCAGUUAAGGAGGAGGACGGGCCGGGCUACAUGAUCAUGUCCCCUUCAGUCAGCCACAGUUCGUCUGUCGUCAAGGAUGACUACGUGACCAUGGCGAGCCCACAAAAACAUGAGCAGCCAGCUUAUGACUCCUCCUCUUCCCUUCAGACAUCAUUCAUCAGCUCCACCUCUGACAGCUGCUCCCCUCCACACCCCACACGUCCUCAGACCAACAAGCAUAGUCUGCCGCAAUGGCUGCUGACUUCAGUCCAACAGUCAGAAACAGACGGCGACCAAUCACAGGUGAGCAUCGGCUGCUCCGCUCCACCUCAGGAUGAUGAGAGGCAGCAGCAGAAAUCGGCUCAGACCACAGCCAGCUCAGCUCGAGUGGGGAUUGUUGAACAAGACCGUAUGAGGCUGGAGACCCGUCCACAUGUUGACACCGGUCAGUCUGCUCGUAGAAGACGCUGGCUGUCAUUGUGUCUGCCUUCUUGCCUUCAGGCUGACGACAGAUCCUGAGUGUUUGUGAUAAUUCACUGUUAGUCCUGUGACAUGAGCUGAUGAGAGUAUACCUGAAAAAGCUAAUGAAGAAAUAAUAGUUUAUUGUAAUAUUUCAGUGACUGUGAUUGUCUUUGCUGCUCUUUUGUUGGACUUUAUCACACUUGUACUGUACAAGUAUGUUUUGAGAUUUGCACAUAAAAUUACGUACUACAUGUUGCAAUACUCUAUGUAAGAAAAAUAAAGUUGACCUUAUAGUUGAUUUGUGUCUGUAUGCACUUUUCCAUUUAACCUUUUUUGUCAGUUUUUUGUUUGUUUUUGUCUUUGGUGGUUUUGGGGGAAUGUGUUAAACCUAUUCUUGAACCUAAACCACAGAA